GACAGAAAUGCCCAUUAAACAUCUGGACGGCUACCUCGCUGAGAGGAAGCAUUUGCAGACACACCCGCUGUCUGUGCUCUCGGACUCUCGUCUUGGUAUUGAUGCCUCAUACUAUUUGUCUUCACUCCUGGACAAUCCACCUUCCCGCGAACCUCUCUUGGCAGCAACUGGCGGCCUACCGCUCGCUUUUACUACGCGGAUAGAGGAGGACUUGCGCGCACUCGAAAAACUGCACAUCAAACCGGUCUUCGUGUUCCCUGGCCUCAUUCCGAGCAGACGCUGGAAGCAGUACCAGCAGCAACAACAAGAGAUUAAUGACGGGUGUCGGGACAGACGGGAAGCAUGGUCGAAGUACGAGGCGGGGCAAGACGAAGCUGCGACGAAGUUGUUUGAGGGACGGGCGAACCUGCAGCAGUGGGACCUCUGGAAGAUGGUCCUGAGGAUAUUUAGGCAUCGCAACGUGGAGUACGUCGUCGCGCCGUAUGUCGCGUGGGCUCAAUUGAUCUACCUCCAACGGCAUCAAAAGUCGUACAUCCAUGCCAUUUACGGGCCGACCGACACUCUUCUGUGCCCUGGUGUCGACAAGAUUAUCACGUCCGUCGACCUCAUUUCCGAGAAACCCUCGUUCACCUUUGUGUCCAAACGAUCAAUCCUCAAUGACCUCGGCGUCAGCGAAGACCAAUUUUUGGACAUCGGUAUCCUCAUUGGUUUUGACCAUUCUCCUUCCUUCCCACCCACUGUCCAUGAUCAGGCGUUGAAAGCGACUGUGGACAUGGUCAAGUAUUAUAAAUCAGGAUUCGCAGCCGUGUCUGCAUUUGCGGAUCAACCUCAAGUGAAAAACAUCAGCUAUCCGGACCACUAUGCACGGACACGGUCCAUGAUCAAAUACUCUCUCGUCUUCUCGUCGGAAGGCUCGGUUGUGCCUCUCCCAUUAUCCAUCAACACACCUCCACCUCACGGGCAUCAGAAUCACCACCCUCACCACCCGACCGCCGCCGAUAUCCCUCAAGACCUCCACGAGAUAUUCACCAACCGACUACCCGAUGAGAUAUUCUUCUAUAUGUCCCGUGGGCUGAUGGGACCUCAAGCUCUGGUAUGGCUGACCUCGGGACAGGUAUCCGAGCACCCACCCCUGGACAACGGUGAGACCACCGAGUACCGAAGGUUUGUUAGGGAAGUAAUUACCGAGGGCGAGACGGGUCCGCGUGCCACCGCUCUUGCCCUGGUUUCUAGUGUUGCGCAUCCUUUCUGGGCGAACAAAAAGGUGUCGGCACAUUUCUGGUUUGAGCAGUCUGCAUCGUCGAAGCCGAUCCAACACAAUUCCUCAUCAACCAGGCAGCUAGCCGAGCGGGUAGCUGGAUGGAACGUUCCGUACACGAUCGUAGAAGAGGAGUUAAGGAGGCAGAACUCGUCCACGAUCGAUUUCGCACUUUGCCUGGGAGCCACUGGCUCGGACAAACUGGCAGCACGCACGAGGAUCAAGAGCAGCCAGGCCUCGGUUCCGCUGGAGAAGAAAGAUGAAAUUGUAGCAAAUGUCAUCUGGCGAUUCCUGGAACUGCGAGGAUUCUUGCUGAACCACACGCACUCGAGCUUGGCCCGCGCUAUGCACACAGCACUGAGGACAGCGCGUGUGAACGAUAAAUUCCAGGACCCCCUCUAUCUGUUCCUAGAAUUGGUCAGGGCUGGCGUUAUGCACGGCAACCUCUGGUCCGGACGCGCAUUUAGCGGCGGGCCUAGCUUCGGUACCGACGACGAGAAAUCGUGUAUGUUAUUGGUGAUGCGGGUGCUCAGCAUAGUGCCAUUAAACUUCAAGCCGCAACCGUGGUCCGCGCCCCUGUCACGCGAGCUGCUCGUGUUCAACUCGUUUGUGCGCUCGCUCACACGGGCAUUGCGGACAUUGUUGGAGGUGACUUCACUGAACAUCCUCCUGCGCCAUGAUGCCAAAGGCGCGCGCGAUGAUUUGCUCGAUAUCAAUCUGUCGCUGCCUUUCCAGUCGGAAGUGAACACCGGAUUUGGGGUCCUCGCAAAGGUAUACCUGGAUGCGCUGACACAUCUGAACAACCGCCAGCGGGUGCGAGAUCCGAACGGCGAGGGCGUCAAGGAAGCGAAGCAAAUGGCACUUGACAUCUGCGAGGAGACAUUCCCUGGGGUGAAGAAUCCCAAGGGCGAAGUAGAGCGGGGCUUCCGUUUCUGGGACGUGACGCUGACCGCCAUGCGGUGCCUGCAUUCCGAGAACGCUGCACCGGCUGAGGUGAUCGACCAGUUUGAAGCGGCUGAGGCAUGGUUGGCGCCAAUGAGGCCCUGAACUCUCACACACAACCCGGUAUCGCGGGAAUGCGCCGAGUGUGGCAGGCGCUGGUCGAUUUCUUGGUUGGGGGCGAGGAGAGGCGUAUUUGUCUGUGUAGGCUGUGCGGGGUGAUGCAUGUGCACACUCCGCGUUCGCGUGUCGGUAUUAGUACUUUGUCUACGAUGCGCGCACUGGCAGCUUGAAUGCCUAAAAAGCGACUGCG